AUGAGAAGCAGUGAAGUGAGAGUACCUUCACGCACAGAUGAUCAAGUACUGAUAGCAGGAACAGAAGGCUCCAGAACCAUCUUAAUCAAGUUGACAUCAAAUGUCAAAAAUAUUUACACGUCACAAAUAAGCUUAGAAAAGACAACAGUGAUAGACCGACAACCAGAAGCCUUAUUAAUAAAAGUAAGUGUCACAGAUACGACAAAGCAAAUUAAAUAUCUGUUGUCAUUUUUCAACUCAAAAGGAAGAAUUCAUAAGGGAAAACUAACACCACUUAAGACUGCUCUGGUACCAACUACCACAAAGAGCCAUGCUGAAGAAAUACAGUGA